CCUGCCAUUGGGCAGGUGGGGCGGCCGGCCUCUGCCAGGGCCGUACUCCAUAAAUGCGGAGCGGCCCGGCCGCCGAGCCAGGCGCGCGGCAGGAUGGUGGAUAGCGUGUACCGUACCCGCUCCCUGGGGGUGGCUGCCGAGGGGCUACCGGACCAGUACGCGGACGGAGAGGCAGCGCGCGUGUGGCAGCUCUACAUCGGGGACACCCGCAGCCGCACGGCCGAGUACAAGGCCUGGCUGCUCGGGUUGCUGCGCCAGCACGGCUGCCAGCGGGUGCUCGACGUGGCCUGCGGCACCGGGGUGGAUUCCAUCAUGCUGGUGGAAGAGGGCUUCAGCGUGACCAGCGUGGACGCCAGUGACAAGAUGCUCAAGUACGCGCUUAAAGAGCGCUGGAACCGGCGGCACGAGCCAGCCUUCGACAAGUGGGUCAUCGAAGAAGCCAACUGGAUGACUCUGGACAAAGAUGUGCCCCAGCCACCAGGGGGUGGCUUCGAUGCUGUCAUCUGCCUUGGAAACAGUUUUGCCCACCUGCCAGACUGCAAAGUAUCCCCAGGGAGGAGAAAGCUGGGAGGGAGGCUGGAGCUCGGGGCCCUCAGCAGACGCAGCCUCUCUGCCCCUGCCCGGAGCUCAGGAGACCAGAGCGAGCACCGGCUGGCGCUGAAGAACAUUGCGAGCAUGGUGCGGCCAGGGGGCCUGCUGGUCAUCGAUCAUCGCAACUACGACCACAUCCUCAGCACAGGCUGUGCACCCCCAGGAAAGAACAUCUACUAUAAGAGUGACUUGACCAAGGACAUCACCACAUCUGUGCUGACAGUGAACAACAAAGCCCACAUGGUGACCCUGGACUAUACAGUGCAGGUGCCGGGGGCUGGCCAGGAUGGUUCUCCCGGCUUGAGUAAGUUCCGGCUCUCCUACUACCCACACUGUUUGGCUUCCUUCACGGAGUUGCUCCGAGCAGCCUUCGGGGGCAAGUGCCAGCACAGCGUCCUGGGCGACUUCAAGCCUUACAAGCCGGGCCAGGCCUACAUUCCUUGCUAUUUCAUCCAUGUGCUCAAGAGGACGGACUGAGCGCUGACUGUGGCCUCAGCUCCUACAACCCUCUGCCCAGGCACUGCCAGAUCUGGCUGGGGAGGUGGGGGCUAGCAGCCCCAUACCAAGGCCAGCCCCCAGCACAGAUCCUGGGGUGUGGGGAGGGGCAGACCGCUGCUGCGGGUGCAGGGAUUUGGGUUCAGGCAAAUGGAAGUGUGAGCAAUACAGUCUGUGCCUUUUUCA